AUGUUCUCGAAAUAUGAGGACUUCGAGCCUAUCGUUGCUGAAUUGAUCAAGGUAAUCCAAAUAGAUGUCCACAAUAGUGUCUGUGUCCCGAAAGCUGAAGAGCUUUUAGCGGAAGCCGAAAAGGCUGAAAGGGAAGGCAAUAAAGAGAAGGCGUCGGAGAUCUACCUUCGCGCUUCUGCUGUAUACCGUAUCUCCCGCUUUCCUGCGCCUCGCUCCGAAAAGCAAAGGUACGCAUGGCGAGAAGGCAAGAAGGCUGCAGCUAAAGGCCUUGCAUUACGCGAGCGACCAACAAAGGAGAUCACUAUUCCACACAAGCAUGGCCUCAAAAACGAAGGGAAGGAAAUCCCGUUCUACUAUCACCUUCCGCCGGGUACAUCAAACGACAGCCCUGUGCCGUUGGUCAUCGUCUUGACCGGCUUGGACGGCUAUCGAACGGAGCUGGCUGUGUGGAUUGAGGGAUGGUCGCAGAAGGGUGUUGGUGUUAUCGUGUUGGAGAUCCCGGGCACUGGUGACUCGCCUGCUGACCCGAAGGACAUCACAUCGCCUGAGCGUGAGUGGUCAACACUCUUCGACUGGAUCGAUGAGCAGCCCGAGAUCGACCACAAGAGAGUGGCCUGUUGGGCAUUCAGCACAGGUGGGUACUACGGCAUUCGUCUUGCACAUACCCACCAUGAUCGUCUUGCAGGGGCCGUUGCGCUCGGAGGCGGAUGCCACUACAUGUUCGACGAGCGCCGGCUUUCUCAUGUCAAUCAUCUGGAGUAUCCUUUCGAUCUCGCCAACACGCUGGCCUUCAAGUGGGGAUACGGAGAUGACCUCGAAGCGUUCAAGAAGGAGGGUAUGAAGUUCUCCCUAGUGAACGAUGGCACCCUCGACGGUCCUGACUGCACCAAGUUGCUGCUGGUGAACGGGACAGAGGACGAGAUUUUUCCCAUUGACGAUUAUCAUGAGUGUCUACUCCGGGGUCCGCCGAAGGAAGUCCGCUUCAUCAAGGGCCUAAAGCACAUGGGUGAACCUGAGAGCUUCCACAUCAUUCUGAAAUGGAUCUAUAAGCUUUUCGAUAUGGAAGGUAAUCCUGCGGACCAGCUUAAGACGAUACCUUCCAGGCCUAAGUAUUAG